CCACUGACCUCUAUCCGACUUAGCAUUUUUGACGGUCGAAAAGUUGCAUUUUUUAGGGCUGAUUUUGGGGUUCUGGACGGACAGACCUAUAGGGAGCUUCAGGGGGCCUAUGUUUUCAAACACAUUGAGAACUUUGUCUGCACACUGCAAUCUCACUUUGACUCCGGUUAAAAGCUAGCGCUGAACGCCGGCUUACGCCGCAGCUUUCUUAUAAGGUGUGAAUCUAACAUCACUCUUCGAAAUCAUGCCUCCCGUCCGUCAUUCCACACCCACAACCAGUCUGAAAAGUCGAGCUACCGCUGCUGCUGUGGAGCCAGCUUCAAACCUGGCAGUAACAAAGGAACCCCAGGCAAUACCAGAAUUGCUGGAACAAGAAGAUAUCGAAAAUGCAGAUUCAAACACAGGAUUCUGGUUUGCGCCAACUGAUUAUCAGCAGAAUUCAGAACGGUGGUGAUGGGCCCGAAGUCGAGGUAUUCUCGGACGUUUUGGAAGAAGAUUAUCAGUAUAUUUUAAAUGUUAUUGCUUCUGACGAUAAUAUGGUUCGCAAACCGUCAUACAUCCCCCAUCUCCACCAAAUCGUAGCCACCCUAUGCUCCCCAAUCCAUGAGGCGAUCCUGGUGCCUUUGCGCACCGCGAUGGGGAUCAUCAUCGACUCUUUCGUCAUUCCUGACGAUUUCAAAGUCUCACUACCUAUUCAUAUGGGGCUUAUGGUAGACGCGCCCGCUACUGCAGAGCUCCCUUCUACUGAUGACAGGUACUGCCUCGGAGUACCAGACAUGGUAUUGAUGUUUCAGACACGCGACACUGAUAUCCGUCCAUAUUGGCCGUUCGAGGUGUCUGUCUCUCAGACCUCUGAAGCUGCGAUUGCAAAGUUGCAGAACUUCGGUAACGGCAAUGAGCACGUCUUGGCUGCCACCCAUAUUCACAUUGCGGAGGCUUGUAAGCACACCCUACCCACGUAUGAAUGGGGCAUUGAGAAGGAGCUCCAUCGGAGGGGAGUCCAGAUAGGGGACUUGACACGCUUGGAAGAUGGUGGAUUCGCGUCGCUCUCACACACAUGGUUCCAUCCUGCGAUAGUCACUAUAACUACAUGGAUACGCCCUCCUAAGAGACCGUUGAGCCUGAGGUCUCGUCAUGCUAGAUAUUAUGCGAGUGCUGUACUUUACCCCGACGGAGACGAGAGGGGCCUGGAGAAAGUCCAACAUAUGUUCCAACGGACGCUGGAGAGAAUCCGCGACGCAGUUGUUGAGCACUUACAGACUGAGCACGCGCAUGAAGAUACACUACUCGACGCACUUCAGACUGUGAAGGACUGGUCUCCACCAAGCGAGGUACUUAACUGGAAAAAAUGCACCAGAGAACUGCGCGCAGCAGACGGGAUUCGAUCGGUACCGCUCGUGGCACCGCAACUUCCUCAAGCGUGCUGCGGAUGAGAGUGAGGAUGUGGGUAAAGCUGGAACGAGCAAGAAGAGAGGAAGUAUCACAUAAUACAUAUCGUUCCUACUUGUGCGUCUCGUGCAAAUCGACAUGUUUUUCAUCACUAGUUUUCAAACUGUAUUACUGCAUGUUUUCAUCAUUUUACGCUGUAUCGGUGUUCGACUUGUACGAUAUGUUUCCUACAAUACGUUUCCCAUUAUAUCACACCUACCUCACUGUGAUGUUCUCGAACUCAAAGUUAUCAGCAUUGGCAACUAUUAUACUGGCAA